AUGGCACUAACGCGCUCUGCAUUUUCCGAAUGGUAUGAUAACUCAAAUAAGAUGCAAGUAAUCAACAACUGGCUACAAGAAGUCAAAAAACCUGAGAUUCACGUAACACCAUUAUCAAUUCUUCAUUACAAUAUACGACAUUUCUUUUCGAACCAAUGCGACUUACUCGAUAUGGUUACACAAUACAAUCCAACUAUAAUUUCGUUAAAUGAAUUAGGUACUCAUGUUCCUGAUAAAAUUAUUAAGCAACUUCUAUUUUCAUAUAAUAUCUUUACCAGCAAAGGUACUAAUCCACACGGUGGUGUUGUAUUAGCUAUCGAUAAAAAGAUAAAUUCUAUUCAAAUAAAAAUUGAUCAAUUGAAUAUUAUUGCAGUUCAGCUUAUUGUUGGUGAUCUCAAUGCUAAACAUCCGAACUGGGGGUGUACCUCUAUUAAUCACAAAGGAAAAAUUCUUGCUGAAUGGCUUGAUGUUAGUGAAAUGUAUGAAAUUUAG